AUGGGACAGCCACUGAACAAGGCCAGGCAUGGGCGGUGGCAGAGCAAGCCCUGGACACCACAAGGGCUCUGUGAGGAGGAACAAAGCCCAGACACAGGGGGAGUGAUUGCGCAAGUUGUGCUGAUGUUUCUCUCCUCUUCUGCUGACAAUGAUGUGGCGCUCCGGCCGACGAUCAGCAGGGUUUUGCGGCAGAGGCUGAAGAGGUACCCUGGGGCUGCACGGAUAGACCUCUCCUCUUCCUCCCUCAAAGUCUGUGGGCUACGAUACAACAAAUCCGCAACAUCAAUGUCAAGAGUAGUUGGAGGAGUUAAUACUUUUGGUUUGGGGGAGUGGCCGUGGCAGGCGAGUCUGCAGCGGAACAACGCCCACCGUUGUGGCGCAACCUUGAUCAGCAGCACGUGGCUUGUCUCUGCAGCACAUUGCUUCAAAGACGCAGGAAAUCCACAAAAAUGGACAGUCAGCUUUGGACCCUACUUAAAACCUCCUCUUUCGGUACGGAUUGUGAAGAGCAUAACGGUUCAUGAAAAGUACAGUUACCCAUCUCAUGAAUAUGACAUUGCUGUUGUGAAGCUGGCUAAGCGUGUGGACUUUACGAGGUCUGUUCACCGGGUUUGCCUUCCAGAUGCAACCGAGGUUUUCCCAUAUAAUAUAGAUGCCGUUGUGACAGGAUGGGGAGCGCUUAGUAAUGAUGGUGAAACCCCUAAUGUUCUUCAGCAAGCAACCGUGGAACUUAUAGACUCAGACACGUGCAAUAGAAAAGAAGUGUACAAUGGUGUUAUAACGCCUGGAAUGUUGUGUGCUGGGUACCUGGAAGGAGGAGUAGAUUCCUGUCAGGGCGACUCUGGCGGCCCAUUGGUUACUCCUGAUUCAAGAGGCAUGUGGUACCUUGUUGGCAUAGUCAGCUGGGGGGACGAAUGUGCCAAACCCAACAAACCAGGAGUCUACACACGGGUGACCUACUAUCGAGACUGGAUUGCUGCCCAUACGGGGCUCUGA